UUCACCUUCGCCGGCAUCGUCGGCAACGUCAUCAACGUCCGGGUAUUUUACCGGCAGGGGGUGACCUCGGACAGCGCGACCGUCGCCUUCUUCUCGCUGUCGCUGACCGACCUGCUCAGCUGCGUCACCCUUGCACCUAAGCCGGCCUGCCACUACCUGGAGAACUACGCCGCCGGCACGGGGAACCCGUUCAUCGACAACUGCUCGACGCUGACCACCAUGCCGGCGUCCUACACUCAUGGGAUACUCAGCAAGGUCACGUGUUGGAUAACCGUCUAUCUGUCCGUGGAGCGCGCUGUGGGCGUGGUUUUCCCUUUGAGGGUGAAGCGAAUCUUCACGGUUAAAAUCACCGUGGCCGCCAUCGUGAUUAUUUACCUCGUCGUUGUCAUCGCAUACCUUCCACUGGCGGCGAACGUAUCCCUUGUGUGGAUCCAGGACCCUAACAAUAACGCAACUUUAAAAGCGUUGAACGUGCUCACCCCGCUCGGCUACAUCUUCACCCUAGUGAACGGCGUCUUUCAUUCUUUCGUUAUGACAACGGUCGCCAUGUUCAUAGUUACCGUGUCAACAGUCGCCACGGUAACACGCCUAAAGGCUUCCGUGAAAUGGCGAGACCGGGUCGCGGGCGUGAAUGCGGCUUCCGGAUCAAGCUCGGCGGCAAAGGGUCGCGGUAAAAGAUCGGCGAAGAGCGUGGACACCGUCCGAAUGGUGCUGGCCAUCACCUCCGUCUACCUGGUAAGUUUGUUUUGCACGCACGUCCCCAGCAUGGCCACGUUGGCCCUCCCGGGGAUGACCAUCGGCGGGCUCAACAAUUACCUGUACGUCGUGAUCUACACCAUACGGUUCGACUUCGAGGCGUUCAACUCGUCUGUCCACAUCUUCUUCUACUUCAGAAUGAGCUCCAGGUAC